GUGCCUAUGGAUAUUGGGGUCAGUCUUGCAAGAAAUGUGGACAUUGUAAAGUGUCUACAUGUGAUAUAAAGACUGGAACUUGCCAGUGUGCGACAGGAUGGGCUGGACAGACAUGUACAGAUUGUGCAGAUGGAUUAUUGGGGUGAGUCUUGCAAGAGAUGUGGACAAUGUAAAGGUUCUAAAUGUGACAAAGGUACUGGAAGUUGCACAUGCAAGUCUGGAUGGGCUCCGCCCAAAUGCACAGUCAGAUUAUGUGAAGCUGGCUUUUGGGGUCAGUCUUGCUCUAAGAGAUGUGGUAACUGUAAAGGAUCUAAAUGUGACAAAGGUACUGGAAGUUGCACGUGCAAGUCUGGAUGGGCUCCGCCAAAAUGUACAGUCUGUGCAAAUGGAUAUUGGGGUCAGUCUUGCAAGAAAUGUGGAAAUUGUAAAGGGUCUUCAUGUGAUAAAAAGACUGGAAGUUGCCAGUGUGAGACAGGAUGGGCUGGACAGACAUGUACAGUCUGUGCAAAUGGAUAUUGGGGUCAGUCUUGCAAGAAAUGUGGAAAUUGUAAAGGGUCUUCAUGUGAUAAAAAGACUGGAAGUUGCCAGUGUGAGACAGGAUGGGCUGGACAGACAUGUACAGACUGUGCAGAUGGAUAUUGGGGUCAGUCUUGCAAGAAAUGUGGAGAUUGUAAAGGGUCUUCCUGUAAUAAACAGACUGGACGUUGUACAUCAUGUGCAGAUGGCUUUUGGGGUCAGUCUUGCUCUAGCAAAUGUGGUAACUGUAAAGGAUCUAAAUGUGACAAAGCUACUGGAAGUUGCACGUGCAAGUCUGGAUGGGCUCCGCCAAAAUGUACAGUCUGUGCAAAUGGAUAUUGGGGUCAGUCUUGCAAGAAAUGUGGAAAUUGUAAAGGGUCUUCCUGUGAUAAAAAUACAGGAAGUUGCCAGUGUGAGACAGGAUGGGCUGGACAGACAUGUACAGACUGUGCAGAUGGCUAUUGGGGUGAAUCUUGCAAGAGAUGUGGACAAUGUAAAGGGUCAUCCUGUAAUAAGCAGAAUGGACGUUGUACAUCAUGUGUAGAUGGCUUUUGGGGUCAGUCUUGUUCUAAGAAAUGUGGUAACUGUAAAGGAUCUAAAUGUGACAAAGGUACUGGAAGUUGCACGUGCAAGUCUGGAUGGGCUCCGCCAAAAUGUACAGACUGUGCAGAUGGAUAUUGGGGUCAGUCGUGCAAGAAAUGUGGAGAUUGUAAAGGGUCGUCCUGUAAUAAACAGACUGGACGUUGUACAUCAUGUGCAGAUGGCUUUUGGGGACAGUCUUGCUCUAGCAAAUGUGGUAACUGUAAAGGAUCUAAAUGUGACGAAGGUACUGGAAGAUGCACGUGCAAGUCUGGAUGGGCUCCGCCAAAAUGUACAGCCUGUGCAAAUGGAUAUUGGGGUCAGUCUUGCAAGAAAUGUGGACAUUGUAAAGGGUCUUCUUGUGAUAAAAAGACUGGAAGUUGCCAGUGUGAGACAGGAUGGGCUGGAAAGACAUGUACAGACUGUGCAGAUGGAUAUUGGGGUCAGUCUUGCAAGAAAUGUGGACAGUGUAAAGGGUCUUCCUGUAAUAAACAGAAUGGACAUUGUACAUCAUGUGCAGAUGGCUUUUGGGGUCAGUCUUGCUCUAGCAAAUGUGGUAACUGUAAAGGAUCUAAAUGUGACAAAGCUACUGGAAGAUGCACGUGCAAGUCUGGAUGGGCUCCGCCAAAAUGUACAGACUGUGCAGAUGGAUAUUGGGGUCAAUCUUGCAAGAGUUGUGGAGAUUGUAAAGGGUCUUCCUGUAAUAAACAGACUGGACGUUGUACAUCCUGUGCAGAUGGCUUUUGGGGUCAGUCUUGCUCUAGCAAAUGUGGUAACUGUAAAGGAUCUAAAUGUGACGAAGGUACUGGAAGAUGCACGUGCAAGUCUGGAUGGGCUCCGCCAAAAUGUACAGAGAUCGUCUUCUUUCACAUCAAUCCUUUGGAGUUCAGGCUCAUAGAAGGUUCCCAAGAUUUCAUCACAAUUGUAGUCCUUCACUCGAUACAGAGAUAA